CAACAGACAGGUCGCAAUGAUGGCGUUGAGAGAGCUAUCAUCGCUGGAAAAAGCUUUAGGAUUGAAAAAGCCUAACAAAUACAGUACUCAGGGGGACAAGAAGGUACCCGUGCUCCAUAGUAGUAAUGGCCCAGCUCUGGUCGGCUUGGUGACCAUCUCCACUCACCUGGUCCGCGAGGCCAAACUGCCCAAGUUGCUGGGUGGGUCAGCUGAACACAAGGCUUUAGUGCAGCAGUGGAUGGAGUACAGGCUCACCAAAGUGGACGGAUGCCACAAAGAAGACAUCAAGACCAUACUGAAGGACCUCAACAGCUAUCUAGAAGACAAGGUUUACCUGGCAGGGAAUCAGUUCACCCUCGCCGACACACUCAUGUACUACGGAAUCCAUCACAUUAUCGUGGGCCUGGCCGUCCAGGAGAAGGAGAAGCACAUGAACGUGACGCGGUGGUUUGACCACAUCCAGCACUACCCCAGCGUCCGGCACCACCUACCCCCAGUGGUGGUCCUGAGGAACAGAGUGUAUACCAGCGGCUACCACUGAGGUCUCAGGGUGUACUGCUGGCUGCCAGGAUGGCCGAGGGCCGGCGUGAGGAGUACACAGGCGUGUGCUGACGUCUCAACCUACCUAACACGACUAUGGCCCCUCCCUUGCCUUUGAGACAUUUGGUUAUUUUUCCCUCUAAAACCCCCAGGCGAAUAACACAUGCAAUGGAGAAAUGAUCACAAGGAGAUUAUUAUUAUUUUAAAUGUAACCUUUAUUUAACUAGGCAAGUCAGUUAAGAACAAAUUCUUAUUUA